GGGUCUUUUUGAAGGAAUAAUCUCAGAUUACGAAGAGGAACUGUCGAGUUGGAGAGAAAAUGAGCGCAGUGAUUCCUGCAGAUUUUCAGCAGACUCUAAUGAUCAGAGCAGAUGCUCCUGAGGAAUGGAGGCCUGAUGUGGACCAGCAGGACCCAGAACACCUCCACAUAAAGGAGGAAAAGGAGGAACUCUGGACCAGAUUGGAGGGAGAGCAGCUCAGUGUGAAGGAGGAGACUGAUGCCAGCAGGUUUUCAUUCACUGCAGUUCAUGUGAAGAGUGAAGAUAAUGAGAAGCCUCUGUUCUCACAUUUUCAUCAGCCGGAUGCAGAGCAUCUCCAUAUAAAGGAGGAAGAGGAGGAACUCUGGACCAGAUUAGAAGGAGAUCAGCUCAUUGUGAAGGAGGAGACUGAUGUCAGCAGGUUUUCAUUCACUACGGUUCAUGUGAACACUGAGGAUGAUGAAGAGAAGCCUCUGUUCCCAAAGCUUCAUCAGUACCAAAUGGAGAACAGAGAUGUUCCAACCAGCAGCUCAGCUGACCAGAUGAAAGUAGAAUAUGAUAGAGAGGACUGUGGCAGAGCAGAAACCAGCAGGAACUCAGAUCUAAAUCUUCAUGGAGAUGCUUCCAGCUCUUCAGAGACUGAAGCCAGUGAGGAGGAUGAAGAGGACGAGGAUGGGAACAAUCUUCACUCUCAGCUGGAAAACUUGUCAGACUCUGGGUCAACAACUGAAGACAGUGACAAAGACUGGAGGGACAGCAGGUCUCCCGAGUCAGCUGUAAACUCUGUCAACAAAUGUUUCAGCUGCUCUGAGUGUGGUAAACAAUUUCUGCACAACCAGUCUCUUCAGAGACACUUGACUUGUCAUUCAACAGUAAGACGUUCAAGUUGUUUAGGUCACAGGAAAGAACAUUUAAAGAAACACAUGCAAGUCCACACAGGAGAGAAACAGUUACAAAGUGAGAUUUGUGUACAAACAUUUACACAUAUUAAGUCAAGCAUAAACACACGCAAGAGUGUCCACACAGGACAUAAACCAUAUAAAUGUGAGGUUUGUGGACGAAUAUUUAGCCAGAAGUCCAAUUUAGAAACACACACGAGAGUCCACACAGGACAAAAACCAUUUGAAUGUGAGCUUUGUGGACAAAGAUUUAGUCAUAAGUCAUGUUUAAACUCACACAUACAUCGCCACACAGGACAGAAACCAUUUAAAUGUGAGAUUUGUGGACAUAGAUUUCGCCAGAAGUCCCAUUUAAAAACACACAUGAAUCGCCACACGGGACAAAAACCAUUUGAAUGUGACCUUUGUGGACAAAGAUUUAGUCGAAAGUCAUGUUUAAACUUACACAUGAAUCUCCACACCGGACAGAAACCCUUCGAAUGUGAGCUUUGUGGGCAAAAAUUUAGACAGAAAUCCAAUUUAAAAACACACAUUAGAAUCCAUACAGGACAGAAACCAUUUGAAUGUGAGCUUUGUGGACAAAGAUUUAGUCGGAAGUCAUGUUUAAACUCGCACGUUAAUCUCCACACCAGACAGAAAUGCUUUGAAUGUGAGCUUUGUGAACACAAAUUUAGCGAGAAAUCACAUUUAAAGACACACAUGCGAGUCCAUACAGGACAGAAACCAUUUGAGUGUGAGCUUUGUGGACAAAGAUUUACUCAGAAGUCAAGUUUAAACUCGCACAUUAGAGUCCACACAGGACAGAAGCCCUUUGAAUGUGAGCUUUGUGGACAAAGGUUUAGUCAGAAGUCCAGUUUAAAAGUACACAUGCAUCGCCACACAGGACAUAAACCAUUUGAAUGUGAACACUGUGGACAUAGAUUUCGCCACAAAUCCUAUUUAAAAACACACAUGAGAGUCCACACAGGACAGAAACCAUUUGAAUGUGAGCUUUGUGGACAAAGAUUUAGUCGAAAGCCAUCUUUAAACUCACACAUGAAUCUCCACACUGGACAGAAACCCUUUGAAUGUGAGUGUUGUGGACAAAGAUUUAGUCAGAAGUCAUCCUUAAACACUCACAUUAGAGUCCACACAGGACAUAAACCCUUUGAAUGUGAGCUUUGUGGACAGAGAUAUAGCCACAGGUCUAGCUUAAACAGACACAGAAAAAUCCACAGGAAUAAAGCACGCCUCUGCAAUGUCUGAAGUCACUAAUUUAGACUUCAGUCUGCUCUAAAACACACGAGAACCCACACAGGCGGGUACGAUGGAGCUUUAGAGCCAUGCUAAAACUACAAUAAUUAAAAGCCAUAAAUUUCCGAGAAUAAAGUCGU